AUGGAGUCCACAUCUCUCCUUCUCGUUUCCAUUGUAUCACUCUUCUUCGUGGCUGGUUAUGGAAUAUCGGAAACCGAAUCUCUCCUGAAAUUCAAGAAAUGUCUUGUUAUAGGGGGAGCAAGUGGUUUGGAGAGUUGGGAUAGAAAGAAUCCGCCGUGCAAGUGGUUUGGUAUCUUGUGUGAUCAAGGUUAUGUUUGGGGGAUACGACUAGAGAAUAUUGAUCUCGCUGGCUCUCUCGACAUUGAGGCGUUGACAGGCUUGAAGUCUCUAAGGUCUCUCAGCUUCAUGAAUAACAAACUUAGAGGUCCAUUUCCGCAGUUCAAGAAACUUGGUGCCCUGAAAUCAAUUUACUUGUCAAACAAUCAAUUCGAUGUAACGAUACCAAAGGAUGCUUUUGAUGGGAUGUCGUGGCUAAAGAAAAUCCAUCUCGAGCACAAUAAGUUCAAUGGUGAAAUUCCAGUAUCGGUGGCCAAAAUUCCCAAGCUUUUGGAGCUGAGACUUGACGGGAACCAGUUCACCGGAAAAAUACCAGGAUUUACACAUAAAUUACACAUGUUAAAUUUUUCAAACAAUGCAUUAUCAGGUCCAAUCCCAAAUAUUCUCAGUACAAUGGAUCCAAAACUAUUUGAAGGCAACAAAGAAUUAUGUGGUAAACCGUUGGUAACAGAAUGUUACUCUCCUUACAACCUUUCUGGAGAGCCUAAGGCAAGUUCAAAGAAAAAAACAUCAAAGUUUUUGUACAUUGUAGCCGCAGGGGUAGCAGCGAUACUGGCAUUACUCAUUCUUCUUGGACUAAUCAUUGUGCUUUGUCGGAGGCGAAGAAACAAGCAGCCACUAAUGUCACCAGAACCUGGUCCAUUAAGUUUACAGAGGAGAUCUGGAAUCCAUAAAGGUGAUAAAGGACAAUAUAGCUUCCGUUCAAAAAAACGUGUUGCAAAGAGGAUGAUUCAUACCACAGAAUUGUUGUUCUUGAGAGAUGACAAGGGAAAUUUUGAUUUGCAAGAUUUGUUGAAAGCAUCUGCAGAGAUUCUGGGAAGCGGGUGUUUCGGAGCAUCGUAUAAGACAUUGCUUUUGAAUGGAUCUAUGAUGGUAGUGAAGAGGUUUAAACAUAUGGAUAGUGCAGGACCUGAAGAGUUCCAAGACCAUAUGAAGAGAUUGGGGAGGCUAAACCAUGAAAAUUUGCUCCCAGUUGUGGCUUAUUACUAUAAGAAGGAGGAAAAACUUUUUGUUUGUGAUUUUAUUGAGAACGGAAGCUUGGCUACUUUUCUCCAUGGUCAUAGAUCGUUAGGACAGACAAACUUGGAUUGGCCAACAAGAUUGAAUAUAGUGAAAGGUGUCGGAAGGGGACUUCUGUACCUACAUGAAAACCUGCCUAGCCUAAUGGCACCUCAUGGUCAUCUUAAGUCAUCCAAUGUUCUUCUUAGUGAAAAUUUUGAGCCACUUCUUACAGAUUAUGGCUUGAUCCCAAUUAUCAACGCAGAAAGCGCACAAGAGCUAAUGGUAGCUUACAAAUCUCCAGAGUAUUUGAAGCAAAGCCGUGUGACCAAGAAAACUGAUGUGUGGGAACUGGGUGUACUCAUCUUGGAGAUUUUAACAGGAAAGCUCCCUGAAAGUUUCCCGCAGUCUGAUAAAGAAAGUGAGGAGGACAUGGCAAGUUGGGUGAAGUCAAUUUUCAAAGGAGAAUGGACACAAGACUUGUUUGAUCAAGAAAUGGGGAAAACAAACAAUUGUGAAGGAGACAUUCUCAAACUCUUAACGAUUGGACUGAUUUGUUGUGAAGUAGACGUGGAGAAAAGGUUAGAUAUAAGAGAAGUUGUCGGGAUGAUAGAAGAUUUAAUGAAAGAGCAAGGAGACGACGACUUUUACUCAACUUAUGCAAGUGAGGCUGACGGGAGGUCAUCAAGGGGAGUGUCAAGUGAGGCAAUUAACUUCUCAUGA